CUUUGUACUCCAUCAUACUGUUCUGCGUCUUUCUGUGGAUUCCCUUUGUCUAUUUCUAUUAUGAGGAGAAGGAAGAAGAUGACGGCCACACAUGCUCACAGGUUAAAACUGCACUUAAAUAUACUCUGGGAUUCAUCACAGUUUGUGCAGUUCUUCUCUUAAUUGGUGCUUUUGUUCCUUUGAAUAUUCCCAACAAGAAGAACUCCACAGAAUGGGAGAAAGUGAAGCUCCUGUUUGAAGAAUUUGGAAGUAGUCAUGGCUUGACUGCUCUCUCAUUUUCCAUUAGUUCCUUGACUGUGAUUGGAAUGUUGGCCGCUAUCACUUACACAGCUUAUGGCAUGUCAGCCUUGCCUCUAAACUUGAUUAAGGGAACUACCAGUGCAACCUAUGAACGUUUAGAGAACACUGAAGAUAUUGAAGAAGUGGAGCAACAUUUAUUAAGGAUUAAAUCAAAGUGCAGAGAUGGUCGACCUCUGUCAUCAAGGGAUAGGCGGGCUGUACAACAACUAGAAGAGAGACUAAGAACACUUCGAAGAAGAGAGAGGCACCUGGAAUCUAUUGAGAAAAGCUGGUGGACAAAGUUCUGUGAAGCUAUCCGACCUCUAAAGAUUGUGUGGGGAGUAUUCUUCAUCAUUGUGGCACUGCUCUUCACUGUCUCUCUGUUCUUGUCAAAUUUGGACAAAGCUCUGCAUUCGGCUGGCUUCGACUCAGGAUUUAUAAUUUUAGGAACUAAUCUGACCAAUCCGUUGAAUAUGCUGUUACCUGUUCUUCAAACAGUUUUUCCACUUGAUUAUAUUCUUAUUACAACUAUUGUUAUGUACUUCAUCUUCACUUCAAUGGCAGGGAUUCGAAAUAUGGGUAUAUGGUUCUUCUGGAUAAGGCUUUAUAAAAUCAGACGAGGAAAAACUCGACCUCAAGCACUCUUGUUUCUCUGUAUGAUACUUCUGUUGAUAGUUCUUCAUACAAGUUACAUGAUCUACAGUCUUGCCCCUCAGUAUGUAAUGUAUGGAAGCCAAAAAUACCUGGUACAGAGUAAUAAGACAAUUGAUGGCCAGCCAAGGAAUGUAACAUUUAUAUCUAAAGACUGUGAUGCAGAUGCACCUGAAGAUCAGUGUAUUGUUACUCGGACAUACCUCUUUCUUCAUAAAUUUUGGUUCUUCAGUGCUGCCUAUUACUUUGGGAACUGGGCAUUCAUUGCAGUCUUUUUAAUUGGAUUAAUUGUUUCAUGCUGCAAAGGCAAGAAAUCAGUCAUUGAAGGUGAAGUGGAUGAAGAUGAUUCAGACAUGAGUGAUGAUGAACUGUCUGUUUAUUACCGUUGAUAACCUUUUGCCUUCAAGAUGUAAAAAUGUUAUUUAAAGUUAUGUUGAAAGUCAUACCUAUGUGGAAUUAGUAUCCAAAUAAGGAUCCUUGCACCUGUAAAAAUAGAGGAAAUAAGUGUAUUCACUUAAAGGGGUAAAAAACUGAAUAUCACUUUGAGUAUCACUGUUAAUCAGAACAAAUAUUGAAGCUGAGUUUGAAUAAUAUAGAGAAAAUAUUGUUUUAUGAGUAAACGUAUAUGUACCUUUCUGAUGUAUAAUUUGAUGAACUAUUGUAACUAUUUCAUAGUUCAUGAUGCUUUUCUGUUAACUUAGGUUUUCUUAAAUACUUUCAUGCC